ACAUACAGAUCAGAAAACGGAUCAAUGCCUUUCCCAACCAUAUCUAUAUGUAACCUUAACAAGGUAAACAAGUCGUAUAUGGAGGAGCAUGAGGACCUGGCAGAGGUGUGGAAGGUGGUGUCUAGUCCCUGGGCCCAUCCUGCUGUAGACUGGAGCCAGGAACCUUACAACACUUACAAGGAGCUUACUAAUUACGAUAUUUAUCAGUUUUCAUCAACUUGGGAGCAGACAGCAGUAGCUUGCAACCACGCAGGAGUGAGGUACUGUGAAGACCUUCAUUUUAGCAAAGACCACAUAGUCCUCCAGGAAUUUGGGCCGACGGGAAAAUGCUUCAGAUUUAACCCAAAGGGAGUGAUACGAUCCAAAGCGGGCGACUACGGCUCUAUUUAUCUGAGACUCAAUGUUAACCGACGAGAGUACUUAGUGCUAGAUGAAGUACUGUUUACAGUAGCGAUACACCACCACACCCAAUACAGUGUGACUAGGAAUACUGGUAUCCAGAUUAGUCCCGGCUUCAAGUACAAGAUUGGGGUCCGAGCUGUUGAGAGGGAAGAGUUAGAUGUGUCUAGAGGAGGAAAAUGCGACGUGAACAGAAAAACUAACAGUUACGGAGCUUACGAUCUGGAGUCCUGUCACAUGGAAUGUAGAGACAAGAUCUUAGAAAAAGAAUGUGGGUGUGUGCUCUGGUUACCACCACACAAUAUACACGGUUACAGACGUUGUAACUUACAGGAAACUUACACUUGCGGGUUCGCUGCUUAUUACAAGUUCGUAUUGAAGGAGAGUGACGUGGACCACAAGCCGGAGAAGGAGGAGGAGUGUUCUUGUCCGGUACCCUGUAAGAACACUAUCUACUCACUACAAACUACCACCACUGCUCUUAGCAAGGAGUGGGCUAUCAGAAAGGCUCAGAAAGAGGGCCUUAACUUCAACUACACAGCUACUGACUAUUUAGAAAACAAUGUGAUAAUAGAGGUAUUCUUUGCUGACAUGUACGUGGAUAAAAUAGCUCAAAUUCCAGCUUAUGACUUUUGGAACCUUCUAGCGGAUGUAGGUGGUAUGAUGGGACUGCUUCUUGGGGCCAGUGUGUUUACUUUACUAGAGGUGCUCUCUAAGAUAUCAAAGAAGAUAUACCAGCAUUCCAGAAAGAAGGACUGA